UAAAUUUACUAUCUACCACCUACAAUAAAUUAUACAGAAGGUACUAUAUAAUUAACAAAUUAUUUUGUUUAAAAUGAUUUAAUUUAAAAUUUGAUCAAAUAUUCAGGUAAUUACUAAACAGCAGGCUAUGAAGAACGAUAAUGUGGAUUUGUCGUUUUGUUAUCAGUGAUUAUUUAAUAUAAUUUUCACUGACCUAUCGACGACAAAAAAUUAAGGCACAGUUAAUAAGUUUAAUACAGUUGCAGUACCUAGUGAUAAGGUAAUGUACCUGCUUAUUUUAUUAUUUUGUCAUUAAAAAUAUUAAUUAUUAUUACUUACAAUUAUUUAUUUUUUUUUUAUUAAUUUAGCUAUCUUCUAGUUUGCUACUAUGAUAGCUCGAUAAUUUACUUACAUUAUAAAAUAGGUAAUAUCAUUUCGGUUGAUAUUUUAAGAUAUAAUAAUUGCCUAAUAUGUAUCCAGUAUCCAGUAUAGGUAGGUAAUCUUGAAUAUUUAAAUUUUUUUUUUACCUCUUCAAAUUUUUUAUAAUUUUUUAAUACUACUUGUAGAUACGCAAAAUGUAAUGAACAAAAUUAAUACUUAAACAUGUACCUAUUGUUUAAGUUUUUUUAACCGUUCUGAUAUUAUUUUAACAUAGUUUGAAUUAAAAGCAAAGCUAUUAAAUGAACAGAAAUCGGAGCUCUUCUUUUACUACUGUAAGUACUUAUUUGCUUAGUUUGUGUUUAAUACGAUAUAGACAUUUAAAUUUCAAUCCAGCAUAUCUACUUUUUUUUUUUUUAUUCAAAUAUUAUUUAAUUUAUCCAAUAAUUACAUUUUGAACAACUAUUGAAUAAAUAAAAAAUGUGAAAUAGUCUUAUCCCACGAAUCAGAGAGCUGCUGAAUGCAGAUAUACAGACUCUCUAAUCUCUAAUCUCUAAUCUCCCUCUCUCUCUAUACAUAUAUAUAUAUAUAUAUAUAUAUAUGUACAAUAAUUGUAUAAAAUGAGUAUCUGUGGACACAACUGACUACAUUGUAUUAUCAAUAACUGUUUAUUGUUAUGAUUUUUGACCUUAUAAACUAAUACGUUCCUAUCGUUUUAAUUAAAUUACUUGGGUACAGUCUUAAAUCAUAUACCUUGUAUAUGAUCUAAGGGUAUAGUGCUAUUGUAGUAUUAUACAUACUCGAUUACCUACGUAAUGUUUUUACAAAUACAUUUUUUAUGAUACAGGUACAUCCACGGCUAUAGUUUUAUCUAUUUAAAGCCAUUGAUACACCAUACAUACCAUGAUCAUCACAAAAUAGAAUAAAAAACCAACAAUGAUAAUGGUGUAUUAUCACAGAAUAUUGUAUCCGUUUUAUAAAUAACAAUAAUCAUUUUUAUAGUAUUUCAUUACUUAUACAAAUGAAAACAAUGAAUAAUUAAAAUAUAAUAUUGACAAUUACCUACUUGAAACUUAAUCACUGCUAAAACAUAAAUAUCAUUAUUCCUUUAGUUAUUUAUCACCUUUGAAAUUAUUAUUUUUUCUUUGUUGCAUCCAAAGUUCAAAUUAAAUAUUUUUUACUCUAUUAACUCACACAUUAUUUUUUUUUUUAAAUGCAAAUUGAAAUAGACUAAGUACGGAACAAUGUCUCGUUACAGUAACAAUAAAAUUGAUUCUUUUUCUGAAAAUGAAGAUACGGUCCCAAUUGGUUCGUUAAAUAUUUUAUCAGCAAAGUAUGAGGUAAGUCAUAUUAUAAAUGUAUAAAUACAAUUUUAGUAGAAAUAUAUUAAAUAUUAGAUAUAAAAUAUGUAUCUAAUUGAUUAGUCAAUUGGUAAAAAUAUGUACCAGUCGAAAAAAAAUGAAUUUAAUUCUUGUAACAGAAAGUCUGAUUUUUACAGAGAGUUAAUCACUGUCUAAUAUUAUGCACAUCAGAUUCCAGAGUACUAUGAUUUUCCCAAUAAUUACCAAGAUUUCCUAUACAAUUUAUUGCAAGACCAUCAAAAAUUUCCACGAUUACCAAAACAUUUGUACACUGAUUUUUGUUAGUGAUUUACUCUGGAUUUUUAUACGUAAAAAGUUAUCAAAUAUAGACAAAUUCCUUAUUUAUAUGAUUAACUAUGAUUUUUUUAAAUUUUUCGUUAUUGGUAUUAUUUGUACUUUUUAGACAAAAAUAUCAUUUUUUAGCAAUAAUUUGUUUAUUAUUAAAUAGCCAUCAAAAAUUGAUUUGUCUGUACAAAUGCCUACAGCAAAUAUUUUGUAUGAAUUCAACACAAAUAUAUUCAAUAUUAUAAAAAGUAGAUAUUUGUUAUACCAUAGCCACUAAACAUAGGCCCUUCUACAUUGUGAAUUAUAAUUAUUUUUAUAAAUGGUUUUUGCAGAGUUUAGAUUAUGAAGUGGUUGAAAAUUUUGUUUAUCGUGAUGAGGAGCGAAAAAAAGGUUAUCAAUAUGUAGUUAAGAAAAAUUUUGUACGAUGGAUUAUAUUUUUUUGGAUUGGUGUAAUCACAGCAACUGUAGGUAUAAUUAUUGAUUUAUCAAUAGAAAAUAUUGCAGAUUUCAAAUUUAGUCAUGUUAAACAAUGUAUCCUUUUACAGUGAGGUGUAAUAAUAUAGUAAAUAUUUACAAUAUUUCUUAUAAUCUUAUUUGUUUAUUGUAAAUAACUUGUGUACAGAGGUGCAAAUCAUUUCAAAUAACGCAGCGACAAAAUAUUAGUUACCAAAAUACUCACCCACCCUUGGAAAAAUAAAAUUAGCUCACUUCGUUAUCAUAUAUUUAUUAAUUUUUGGUUUCCCAAAAAAUCAUAAAUGACAUAUGAAUGUAUGACAGCAAUAAUGACUUAUAUCACAAUAUAAUAUUAAUAUAGUUAUGUAAUGUGGUAAAAAACUACAAAAUAAUAUUGUUUUAAAAAUAUAUGUAAACAAAAAAAUUACCACACUUAAAUGCUUAGUAAUUUUGAAUAGUCUUUAAUAUGACCAAGAGGAGGGGAGGAGGCACAGCUAUUGCUACUCUGGGUUUACGUCUGACCGGCUGUCCAACUAUCUAAUCUGUAUUUAUUUUUAUAAAUUUAUACUGAUACAUGUUAUUAUUGAUAAAUUUAAAUAUUUGCGUUCAGAAAUUGUCACUAGUGUGGCGUAUUGUGGUAGUUGAUACCUGAUUUACUUAUAAUAAUUUUAAUUAUUUCAAUAUUAUAUUAAUUGUUUUAUUAUUUGUAUGCCCUUAUGGCACUAUACAUUCUGUACAACAAAAGAUCCUUGUAUUUACAAGACUAUAAUUUAUUAUUAUGUCUGAAAAUGAUCACUGACCAAAAUUACCUACCCACCUCCUUAUCAAACUACUGGAUGGGUUAAGUGUCUCCAAGUCUCCCUAGGUUUGAUCCUUUGCUAGUAUAAUAAUAUUGUUUCUUAACUAAACAUCUAUUAGAUAUUGAAGAAUGUAAUCAAAAAAACUGUUUAUGGCGUCCCUACAUAUUAUUGUUGGUUUACAAUGUUGUGCCAGUUUUAAUUGGGUCUACAUUAGUUGCAUAUGUUGAGGUAAAUCUGAAUUUAUCUGAAUAUAUAUUUAUAUAUUAAAUAUUUUAAUUUAAUUGUGUAUGAUUUAUAAUUUUUGUAGCCAGUCGCAUUAGGAUCUGGAAUUCCUCAAGUAAAAUGUUAUCUUAAUGGCAUUAAAAUACCAAGACUAGUUAGAAUUAAAACAUUAUUUAUAAAAGUAAUUGGAGUAAUUACAACAGUUGUUGGUGGCAUGUGUGGUGGAAAAGUAAGUCAAUAUUUUAUUACAUUUUUAGUUUUAGUCUUGCAUAUAUUUCAUAAUAAUAUAAAACUGAAAUGUUUUAAGUAAAAAUAAAUUGAUUUCACUCAAUAUAUCAAAUAUAAAGAUAGUUAUUUUCAAAGUCCUCUGAUUCUUAUAUGAAUAUAAGGAACUCGUUUUUUUUACUAUCUAAAAGAAAGUUGAUUGCAUUGUAUGUUAUCUAUGCCUUUGGCAAUACAUUUUGGUAUGAUGUUGACGGUUAUAUUUAAUAGUUAUGUAUAUGUUACCAGCCAAACACGAUUUCAGGAUAAAUUAAUUAAUUCUGUAUACCAGAUGUGUUUAACAUUUAAGACAUCGAUAUUCCUAUUGUAUAUGUUUAUAUGUACUAUAUAUAUUAUAUAGUCUGCUCAUACAGUCAUUAAAUCUUCUUCAUUCUGUUCAAAGUAUUUUUGUUUUUUUUGCAACAAUAAUAAGAGUUAAAAGAAUUAAAUGCUUAAAAAUAACUGGAAAAAGGUUUUCAGAAAAAAAAAAAGUUACCCUAACGGGAUGGAGUGCAGUAGCAGUAGAUAAAUAGAAAGGUUUUUUUUUGUAGAUAGCAUAUGUGAUGUGAGUUUUAGAUAUAAUAUACAAACAAAAUUAUUUUUGCUUUAAAAAUGUUAAAAGCAGAUUUGCUGAAAACAUGAUAAAUUAUAAAAUGUUAGAAAAGUACAUAAUAAACAAUUUUAUAUUCAUACAUAUUAAAUAAAUCAAUUAUAGAGCAGGUAGAACACCAUUACUAACAAAUAUAAAAAUAAAUUCAAUUGUAACUUUAAUGAUUUCUAAAAAAUGAUUAUUAAAAUAUUAUUUGUUUGCAAUUUUUUUUCGAAGUUAAUGACAAAUAGUUGUUGGAUUCAUGAACAAAAUUAAUUUUAUUUGAACAUUUUUAACAUUUCAUGCUACAUUCAAAAAAAGGAUAAAGAUUGGUUAAUAUUAUUUAAAUAAAAUUACAUUGUUUAUAGUCUAAAGUAUUUAUUUUUUUUUUUUGUAGGAAGGUCCAAUGAUUCAUGCUGGUGCAGUUAUAGCAGCUGGAAUCUCUCAAGGAAAAAGUACAACAUUUAAUAAAGACUUUGGAGUUUUAAAUUAUUUUAGAGAGGACAAUGAAAAGAGAGACUUUGUAUCUGGAGGAGCCGCUGCUGGAGUAGCUGCUGCUUUUGGUUCACCAGUCGGUAAAUAUAUUAGUGGUUUCUAUUUAGUAUAAUGUUGUAAUAUAUUUAUGAUUCUUAAUUUUCAAAUAAUUUGUUGAAGGUGGCGUAUUAUUCAGUUUAGAAGAAGGAGCUAGUUUUUGGAACCAAGGGCUAACAUGGAGAAUAUUUUUUGCAUCUAUGAUUUCAACAUUUACUCUAAAUGUAGUCUUAAGUGCUUAUCAUGGACAUCCUGGUAAGAUAAUUUUAAUUUUUAAUGUUAGAGUAAACUAUACAUAUUCUGAUAUGUUUUUAUUUACUAAAUAGGUGAAUUGACAUACUGGGGCUUAUUGAAUUUUGGCAAAUUUAACAAUUUUGCACUAUCUUAUGAAAUAUUUGAGCUGCCUAUUUUUGUUAUUAUGGGAAUUAUUGGUGGACUAACUGGAGCAUUGUUUUGUCAUCUUAAUUACAAACUCACCGUUUUUAGAAUGAGGUAAUCUUAAUUAUAAUAUAAACUAAGUUAUAUUAUUUUAAGCAUUUUUAACCAGUAAAAAAAUAUAAAAAAAUCAAUAUUUCUGUUAGUCGUCCAUUUUAAAAUAAAUUAUGUAAUAUUUAUAUAAUUAUUAAUGGCUGUGCACAUGUUUUAUAUUAAAAUUUUGGUUUUCAAAAUUAAACAUCAAAAGCAUGUGUCAUUAGUUUUGCUUGGAGUUUAAACAAAAAUGUUUCCUACACAGUGUCCCAUGAAAUGCCUAUUAUAAUAUUUCUAGAGAUAAUCAACAUAAUCAAAUUUUGUUUUUUUUUUUUUAAUAUUACUCACUGGGACUAUAUAUAUUUAUAGGGAAAUUCAUUUUUUAUGCUUCAAUAAAAAACUUAAAAAAUAACUGUAUUUUUUUGUUUUGAAAAAUUUGAAGAUAAUCAUUAUAUAGUUUAUUUUUCUGAAAAUUUUGAUGCAUCAAUUUUUUGUUUUUAUGAAAUUUGUUUUUUAAUAAUUUUUUAAAGUUCAUAGUAAAGAAGUGUACAGUCAAUUGAUUGUAAUAAUAAUAAUCAAUUAGAGAUUUCAAUGAUAUUACAGUUUGCUGUAUAGGCCCUUUUCUCUGAACUUUAAAAAAUGAUAAAAAAUCACAAACUUAAUGAGAGUGGAAAGGUUUUAUUGAGUUCUAUUGCUUCAGAGUGGGCUGCUAAAAGUGUUCAAAUAUAUCAGGAAAAAGGUACGGUAGUAUAUUAAAGAGAUAUAAUAUAGUACAAUAGUUUCUAUUUUCAGGGAAAAUUAUACAAUUAAUAUUCAUAAUAAAUUUAUUAACUAUAUAACAUCUAAAUAAAUUCAUAGUAUCAAACAAUUAACCUUAAUGUGAGAGUAUACUCAUUAAAUUUGUUCAGAGUUAUCUUCCUUUUUUUUAUUAUUUAUUUGGUUGUAUUUUCAGGCAUUUAGUAAGCCGCUGGAAGAAAGUUUUGGAAGCGAUUCUAGUUUGUUGUUCUACUGCUACUGUGGGUUUUUUAUUAAUGUUAUGGAGAAAUGAUUGUAAGCCAUCAGGUCUCGAUCCAACCAAAUAUGCUGUUCAGGUUUGUAUUAUAUUUUUUUUUCAGCUUUUACAGUCCAUACAGUCUCAACAACUUUUCUUCGUCUAAUUCUAUCCUCACUGUCUUUUAAUCUUGAGCCUUUUGAGACUUUAGCAAGAAUGACAUUAUCCUGUCCAUUCAUCUUUGUUAGUGCGACUCCUGGGCCUUUUUCCAUUCAGUAUUCCAGUAAAAAUUUAAUUUGUUAUACCUUCUGAUCUCCAAAUAUAACCAGCCCAUUCUAUUCUUCUGCUUUUCAGAAAUGCACUAAUGAUAGGCUUAUGGAACAGUUAGUAUACUUUUUGGUUAGUUUGUUUUAUAUAUUCUCUGAUGCAAUCGUCAAUUUGAUUUUAAUGUGUACAUUAUUUCAGCUAUUAAUAUUAGUUCUUAGGUAUCUGAAAUCUGUAACCUGCUGAAAUGCAUACCCAUCAAUUUGCAAAUCAGAUUUGUCUCUCACUCCUCUUGAUGCUAUACAGUACUAUCAAUUUUAUUUUUUCUUGAUUAAUUAUUAUAUUCAUUGUUUUGGCCACUUAGUAAGUACAAUUCUUCUUUCCACAUUCUCUCCAGAACUACCUAUUACAACAAUAUCAUCGUCAUUUGUACAAUAUAAUACUCAUAUAUAAUUUGUUAUUAUUUAUAACUUGUAUUAGUUUGUAUUAUAUAAUUGUUAUUUUAAUUCUGAGUAAAAUGAAAAAAAAAACACUUUUGUUGCAUAGUUAUAUUUUGGGGGAUAAUUUAGGGAAAUUAUAUUUUCUUCUUCUGGGCUUUUACAGGCUUUUAAGGCCCAUCACCGCAACAACAUAUUGUUUCCAUCCCUCUAUGAUUUGCACAUUCUUCCGCGUUUCUUACGUUCAGAAGUCCUAAGUCUCCCUGUACUCUAUCAAUCCAUCUUUGUCUGGGGCGUCUUCGAGGCCUUUUAGUGUCGGGUUUUGAUUUAGUUAUUGAUCCAGUCAUUUCCUCUGACCUCUACACAUGUUCCGCCCAACUUAUCCUUGUGCUCUUCAGAGACCCAAUAAUGGUAGGUUCCUUAUAGAAACCAUCCAAUUCUCCGUUGCCUCUCACCUCAUAUUCUCCAUCGUUAUUUGUCUUUGGACCGAAGAUUUUCCUUAAUAUUUUUCUUUCAAACACUCCUAACUUUCCUUUGUCCGAUUUUAUCGUGGCCCAUGUACCACAUGCAUACAGAGCAACCGGUUUGACUAUGACUUUGUAUAACGUUAUUUUAGACUUUAUUGAAAGUAAUCUUGAUUUGAAUUGUGGCAUUAGACUAUUGUAGCAUCUAUUUACUUCCAUAAGUCGUUUUUUUAACUUCUUCGUGGCUAUUAGCAUUUUCAUUGAUUUCUGCGCCUAGGUACUUGAAGCUCUGUACCCUUUCAAAUUUGUAAUCAUCAAUUUUUAAAUAAUUAAUAUUGUGAUUUUGUCUCGAAAGUAUCAUAUACUUUGUUUUUGACUCAUUUAUCUUCAGACCAAUCUCUUUACCUUCACUUAGUAAGAUGCUAGUUGUAUUUUUCAGUUUCUAUUUCAGCUAUAAGGACUAUAUCGUCAGCGUAAGUUACUACAGUUAAAUUGUUAUUGUUGUUCAUUUUUAUUCCUUUGGCUUGGAUUAGUACCUUUCGUAUACCUGAUUCUAAUGCAAUAUUAAACAAAGAUCGUCCCAAACAAUAGAGCAUCCCCCUGUCUGAGUCCGGUCGUUACUGGGAACUCAUCUGAUACCUCUCCUCCAAAACUUACUUUACUUUUGGACUCAUAUGUACAUGCUCUUAUCAUUCUGACUAGUUUUGCUGGUUUUCCUAUUUAGCUCAUUCCAUAGUUUUUCUCUAUUAAUCAAAUUGUAUGCUGCUUUUGUAAUCUAUGAACAUAAGGUGUAUAUCUUUAUUGAACUCGUGACUCUUCUCAGCUAAUUGUUUAAUAAUAUAAAUUUGAUCAACUGUUGAUCUCCCUAACAUGAACUCAGCUUGAUAUAUAGCUUCUCCUAUUAUUUCUUUAAUAUAUGGAUUGAUUCUGAUCAGAAGAAUAUUAGAUAGAAUCUUAUAAAUUGUGUUGAGUAGGGAGAUCCCUCUAUAAUUUUCAUACUCCGUGAUAUCUCCCUUUUUAAAAACAGGACAUAGGACAGAUACUCGCCACAAUUCGGAUAUUUCCUCUUGUUCUCAGAUUAUGUUUAUUAAUUUAUGAAGCUGGUUCAGUAAGCAUGGAUCACCCUUUUUUAAACAUUCUGAUGCUAUUUCAUCUUCACCUGGUACUUUACCAUUCUUAAGCAUAUUUAAUCCUGUUUCUACUUCACAUAUUGAUGGGUUUUCGAGUAGCUGUUCUACUGUCGUUAGCUCGUUUACAUUGAUAUUAAUUAUUGGCUGGUUCAAAAGCUUUGUAAACAUAUCUUUGAAUUCACAUGUAAUUUCAUUGUUGCCUGUUAGAAGGGUUCCAUCACUUUUUCUCAUUGAUCUGGACUUGUAGCCAUGUCUUACUUCAUUUGCUUUUCUAAAAAAUUUUUUCGAAUGGCUAUUUCUAUUAUUUUCUAUAAUUUGUAUGCGUUUUUUUCCCACAGUCUCUAAAUCACUCUAAUCAUCUUUUUUACCUCUAUUUGUUUAAGUGCUAACAAUCUUUUGUUAUCUUCAUUGGGUUCAUGUACACUUUCAUGCUUCUUACAUUCCUUACAUAGGAUUUAAUUCGUGAAUCAACUAUUAUGUAGUCCAUUUGGUUUCUUACAUAUCUACUUGGCGAAAUCCAUGUUUGUUUAUGAAUAUUCUUGUGCGGGAAACAUGUGGUACUUAUAGUCAUAUUCCUAGCAGCUGCAAAUGAGAUCAACUUAUUUCCAUUAUAAUUAGAUUCUUCAUGUAAGCUGUCAGAUCCAAUUGUUGGUUUAUACAUCGUUUUCUUUCCAAUUUUCGCAUUAAAAUCUCUGAUUACUAUUUUCAGUUUAUCAGCUGGUAAAGAAUCGUAUAGCAUGUCUAAACUAUCAUAGAACUCAUUUUUUAUCUCCUCAUUUUUGUCUUCAGUGGGUGCAUAACAGUUAAUUAGAAUCAUAUUGUACCACUUACAUUUAAGUUCUAUGUAAAAUAAACGAACAUUUAUAGGUUUGAAAUUUGUAAUUUGUGGUAGUAAAUUUUCUUUUACUAUAAACCCUACACCUCGUUCGUGUUUGUCUCCACCGCUGUAAAAGAGAGUCAUUCUUUGAGACUUCAAGCUCCCUGAACUUGUCCAUCUCACUUCUUGAAUAGCAGUAAUAUCCAUCUCAUAUCGCGCAAGACACGAUAGAGAUGUCGUCAAAGCUCCAGUCCUAAACAAUGAUUGCACGUUCCAAGUUCCAAUUUGUAAAUCCGUUAUCUCUUUCAUCCGAGGCUUAGAAUAAUGUUGUUGUUUCUUAAUAUUUACUUUUUUAUGUUGUUGGCCCUGCGCACAAUCCCCAACCUGGAGGACCAGUCCACACCAACUAAUUGAAGUUAGUGUGGGGCUUGGUGCCCUGGAUUCGCCAAACCCAUAGUACUGAUUACUUAGUACCCCCUGAGGGGGAAAUUAUAUUUUAAAUCUCCUAAUUAAAACUGGAAUUAUAUUUAAAAAAAAAAAAAUUUAGUUCUAAAUAUUUUUGUUCAAACUAGUCAAGUUUAAAUGGGUUACUUUGAUAAUUAUUUACUGAGAUAAAUAAAACAAGAAGUGUGUGUCCAAUAUCUAGUCUGUAUUUGACUGUAAAUUGUUGGUAUGUAAUAUUGUGAAAGACAACUAUUUAUUUAUUUAAUUAUUCUUUCAAUGAUAAAAAUAAUAUUAUUUUUACUGGUUUUAUUUAUAAUAAUUACUGAACAGGAAUUAAAAAUAUUAAAAACUUAAUACAUUGUACUUAUUGAUCAAUGGAAACUAAAAGUUCAAAUUAACCGCCACCACACAUUUUCUUUUUUAUAGUUAAACUGCAAUGACGGUGAAUACAAUUAUAUGGCAUCAUUGUGGCUACAAGUUCCUGAAGCAUCAGUUAGAUCUUUUUUUCACGAUCCAGAAGGUAAAUAAUUUUAUAAAAUUGUUUGUAAUACCUAAAAUUUUAUAAUUUAUUUUUAUUUAUUUAUUAUUAAUUGAUAAUUUUUAGAAUCGCUUGAUGUUGCUACAUUGGUGUAUUUUGCUAUUGCUUAUUAUUUACUUACAAUUUGGACAUAUGGCUUAAGCGUAAGUGCUGGACUAUUUAUUCCGUGUUUAGCUACAGGUGCAGCAUGGGGACGACUCAUUGGAAUUGGAGUCCAAUUUAUAUUUCCAGGGGCAGUAAGUUUAAUUUUUUUUUAGUUUAUAUAGUAGUGCAGUUGUGAUAAUCUAAACUAGUAGUUCCCAACUCAACAAUAGGCACGGACCACUUAUACAUUUUUCAUCGUCACUGACCACUCCCUGAUUUCAACCCCCCCCUCUUUAUAUCACUUAUUUUUUUUAUAGUUUUAUAUAUAGUUUAUAAUUUCUAGGUACAAAAUGUCGUAGAAAAAAAUAUUUUAACUUAUUUAUUUAAAAAUUUAAUUAAAUAAAAAAAGCUGAUACAAAUUUAAAUUUUACAUUUUACAAACUUAUAUUAAUUAACUUAUUCAAUGAGAAAAAAAUAUAACAAAUUUAUAUUAUUGAGUAUUAAUGUGACUUAUUAGGGCGCGCUUCUUUUACCAGUUGUGAAAUUCUUGGAACGAUGCUGUUGCUUAGUGCCAGUCCCAUAUCAUCACUUGGAUUCAGACGAUUUUGUUGUUUAUUUUUUAUAGAUAAUAGUUAUAGUUAUAGAUAAUGUUAUUUAUAUCCGUACAUAAAUUGCCAUCGGUCGCGAUAGUGUGUUAUCUGGCUGUUAGGCGCUAAGCCGUUAAUAAUAAAAAAUAUCAAGUAUAAUUUCGCUCAUUUUUUUAAAUUUAAAUUUUUUUAUUCGCGGACCACUCAAGAUGAGUCCACGGACCACCAGUUGGGAACCACUGAUCUAAACUAAUUACUGUUGUACUUACCCUGUUCAGAUUAAUGAUGGUAUUAAUUAAUAAUACAAAUUUAUUCCAUUACAUAAUAUUAUACAGGAUAAUAUUUUAAUACACAAAUUUUUAGGAUAUAUGCUUCUCUAAAAUGUUCUAAAAUUUCUUUUUAAUCCUUAUAUAGUGGUGAUACCUAUACCAAUUUUUUAUGGUUACCAAUAAUCAAUUGUGUAUUACUAUUAUAGUAGUCAGAUUAAUUAGGUUUUGGAUUGUUACAAGCACAUUUUUAAUAAAAUUUAUACUCUGUUGAAGUUUAGUUUAUUAAUUUAAGGAUGUUGGAAAAUACGCAUUGAUUGGUGCUGCAUCACAACUUGGCGGUGCUGUACGUAUGACCAUCAGUCUUACAGUUAUAUUGAUUGAAGCAACUGGUAACAUAACAUUUGGUUUACCUCUUAUGAUAUGUUUAUUAACAGCAAAAUGGAUUGGAGAUUAUUUUACGGAGGUAAUAUAACUAAUCAAUGCAAAUAGGGAAAUACAAUAUUUAUUUAAUUUAUCAUUCCAAUAAUAAUUAUUUGCUUAUUUUUAAGAGUAUCUAUGAUAUACACAUUCAGUUAAGUGGAAUACCGUUGAUGGCUUGGGAUCCUCCACCAUUAUCAUCGAAUAUUUACGCUAAUGAAGUCAUGUCUCAUCCAGUUGCCGUGUUUAAAUCAAAAGAAACUGUUGGACAAAUUAUAGAUACGUUGAAAACAUAUACAUACAAUGGAUUCCCAGUAGUCGAUGGCAUUUUUAAUCUUGAUUCGGUAAACUUAAAGAAAAUGUUAUACACAAUAAAUCAUAGUUUUAUUUGGUUGUGUAACAUACUAUUAUAGGAAGAAAGUUAUUGUAACAACUAUAAACCUAAUGGUCGUUUACGAGGAUUGAUACUUCGAUCGCAACUCAUUGUACUGCUUCAAAACAAAGUAUUCAAUGAAGUCCCAUCUGCUUGGGACAAUGUUUCUUUGACAACGUUUAGACAAGAUUAUCCAAGAUAUUCAAAUAUAGAUGUAAGUAAAAUUGUAUAUUGUUUGUGGUUAUUAACUCUAAUUAAAUGUAGACUCUAAGUUAAUUUAAAAAAAAAUUUUUUUAAUUAUUGCCUUAGAAAUCAAUUUUUGCUUUUACCAGUUCAUAUUCAAAAUUAGGUUUAAAUUUACUAAAUAACAUUGGAAUUCAACAAAACUUUUCUACAAUGGUACAAACAAAUUGUUCCUACAUAUUUACAACAAUAAAUUAUUUUAUAUUUUGUUUAGAGUAUUGAAAUCUUGGAAAGUGAACGACAUUAUACAAUUGAUCUAUUAAGAUUUAUGAAUCCAUCACCAUACAUUGUACAACAUGUAAGUUUAUUUAGUUUCAAUAAUUAUUAACCAACAUUUUGAAUUCAAAAUAAAAAUGCUGUUAUUUAGAUGGCAUCAUUACCAAGAAUAUUUAGACUAUUCCGAGCAAUGGGUUUGAGACAUAUUGUGGUUGUUAACGAUUCAAAUGAGGUAAGACUUAUAUAUUUUCUUUUAGUAUAUGAAAAAUUAAUUAUAGUACAUUACUGUUAAAUGUUAUUAUAAAUUAUUAUAUUAUAGGUGGUUGGUAUGGUUACCCGUAAAGAUCUUACCCGUUAUAGAGUAUGGAGACACCGAGGUACACUAGGUGUUGUUGAACUCAGAAUUUCUGCUAAAUUGUGAUAAUUGUUACAUAAUUAAUCUACUCUUCAAAUCAUGUUUAUUUUUGUUUACAUAGUUAAUUAUCCUAUAUUAUGACAUAGAAAUUAUUAUAUUUUUACCAAAUACUAUUAUAUAUUUUUAUUUUCCUAAUAUUAUUACUAUUAUAAUAUAACAAAAUAUACUUAUAUUUAUCUUUGUGAAGUAUGUAUAAUUAUUAUUAUUGAGUGUAAGUUAUCAAUGAAAUUAUUUUAUUCUUCAUUUAACCUAAAGAAUUUAAAUUCA